AGGCUUAAGCACCGAAACCCUGCUAAUGCCGAGUCGGAGCCGAGCGCGAAGUUUCGCGGUCCAGACAGCGUCGCAUGAGGUCAUUUUUUACAAGGAUCGCACGAAAAGAAAAUAAAAGUCCCUAAUGUCGGAGAUAAAUCCUAGUGUUGACCUGUCUAACUCAUGGCACAAUCCUCUCCAUCCUAGAUACCUGUGGCACCCAUUCUGAAACGCCUCGGGUUUAUUUAAAGCUGUUGAACCCUCUCUCCUUUGGUUCGGUAACCCCAACUAUCCGCUGGUCCAACCCAACGCAAAAUGCCCGCAACUUCAGCACAUCUGUGGAAACUCCAGUACCAAGAUCUUCCCUAUGCAUGGGAUAAUUUAAUUGGCGUAGAUGCCGAGGUGGCGCCGAUGUCUACGUUUGGUACGAUCAUUCAGCCAGUGCCCGCCAACCCUCAUCGACGAGUAAGUACCCUGAGGAAAAGACACCCCGUCAUCUAGUCAGUCCAUGAUCUAAUGAUUAUGCAGCCGAAUUCUCAAGAUGCUCUCGAUUCUCCCUGCUACUUGCCACAAUGGUCUCCAUCUUCCGUACCAUCUUCCGCAGACCUUCUCCCGUGGGAAGCGUACGAGAAUUGGACAUCACCGAAGCACUCAUUCGCCGUACCCAGCCAGUUUGAGGACGCGCCUGUGCUACCGCCACUCAAACAAGAUUCAAUACAGAACACAUCGAAACACUCCUCUAUACCUCGGACCUCGCUCCCGCAAUCUCAUUGCACUGCCUCGAGCUCAACCGUCGCCUCGUUAUCGCCACCUCCAUCUUCCCCAUCUGGUUCGCCCAGUUCCACUCCUCAUGAAGGUCCAGUGCAUCCUUCAUCCCGGCGCUCAGCACAUAACAGAAUUGAAAAACGCUACCGGGAGAAUCUCAGUAAGAAUUUUGCUGCAUUGGAGUCGUCUCUGCAAGGCUAUUACACGCGAGGGGUUGGAAGUGGCAGGCCCCGCUUCUACUGUCAAAGGAAACAUGCUUCUAAGAAGAUGGCAGUUCUGACCGAUGCUGUUAAUUAUAUCGGGGAGUUGGAGACGGAGACAGUCAUGUUGAAAAAGAAGCUGGAGACAUUGCGGCAAGCGCUGCUACCGAAUGGAAUAUGGAAAUACACCCUGAACGAUGACUAAAAUUUUGCUGUUGAGAGUUUCGGAUGCCACAGGGGAGUCACUUUCUAAAAACACACUCGUGCCUCGGCAAGUGUGACUUUCUGUACAUAUCAUGUAGUGUAUUAACGGUAGCGAUCCUGGAUCAUGAUGAAUAAUCCCUAAUGCAAAUGGCUACAGUUCCCAACGCUUCGCUCUCCAGAUGCCUCCUGCCAAUACUAAGACCACAUGAUGCUUAAUAGGUGAGAUAUAGAUCAAAAUGAUCGGCCAGUUCCGUGAAGAAAGGAAAUUGUAUGUCUAGACCCGUCUAUUUUUGCCCCCGGGCGCUAUAAGCUUAUGCCGGGGGCUGCCAAUCAGAGAAGCUUUCAGGGGAUCCAUGGAACGCCAACUUCUUCACGUUGGACAUGACAUUUGAGAGGGGGCAAUGUGAACGCUUGAUUGGCUCUGCUAGCCGGCAUCGUUUAACCGACCGUCCGAAUUAACAGAGCUCUCGGCCGGACACGGAGACAUCCCAAUCCGGAAUGGGAAAAGAUGGAAACGGCGGCGGCAAAAAAAAAAGAAAGCAAAGUAAAAAAAAAAAAAAAAAUUUAAAAAG